AUGGCUGAUCCAUUGGAGGAAUUCCACUCGGUCCUCCGUGAGCUCGCAGAGGACCAAGAUGAGCCAAAUAUGACCAAGAUCCGUGAUGAAUAUGAGAAACUCCUCAAUGCGCUCACCAAGUCCCACAACAACGAGAAAAAGCUCAUGUCGAAAUGCAAGGAACUUAGCGCAGAGAUGGCGGCCGCCUCAACCAGAUUUGACGCUGCACGCAAAAUGUCUCAGGAUGACGACGCAACAAUGUCUGCACUAAAGACGGAAUUAGAAAAAGCUUGGCAAAUGGUUGAUAGUGCUUACAAUAAAGAGCAAGCCAAUAUAGAGACGAUCAAAAACUUACAAGAAGAAGUUAGCACUCUAACACAGGUAAUAGAACAACAAAGUUUGGCCUCUGCGAACCAAGAUCAGAGUGAUUUACUGAAAAUGAUUGAAGACUUGACGAAUGAACGCGAUCGCUUGAUGACAACAGUGGAGAGUCUAAGAGAACAGCUGGACAUCACCAGUGCAAGCAAGCAAAAGGCAGAGACUCAAAGGGAGGAUGCCUUGAAUAACAUUGCACAGCUCCAACAUGAAAUUCAGCUAAACCAGAAUGACAUUUCCCGUGAGCAGAGGUUAAAAGAAAAACUUGAAAAGGAGUUGAAUGAGAUGACCAUCGACGUAGAAACAAAGGUCAGAGAGAUCCAAACUCUGAAAAAGGAUUACCAAAUGUCCAAAGACGAGCAAAUGAGAUUAGCGCAGCAACUGAAAUCCAUGAAGCUUGGAAUGGAGAAAAUUGCCAAAGACCUGGAGCAUUUGCAAGUUAAGACUAACAAACUGCAGCGCGACCGAGAUCAUCUCGUAUCGGUCAGGGAAUGUCUCUAUUUGGAGAAUCAGAAGAAUUUAAAUGAGAUAAAGAUAAAAGAAGAUGUUAUAAAUCAAAUGCGUCAGGACAAUUCCAAAGAAAGAAAGAUGAAAGAAGCCAUCCAAAAGAGGUUACGUGUAAUAGAGGAUCAGAAAGCUGAAGUGGAAGUACAGAGAGGGAUUCUAAAAACUCGGAUUGCUGGUCUAGAGAGAGAGUAUGAAGCUGCAAAAAAGCAAGGGGAUGCUGACAAGAAAUCAAUUAACGACCUAACCAGAGAACGUGACAUGUUAACUAAGGAAGUGGCCAAAGUUGCGGAGUCAUUGGAGACGCAACAGUGCCAUGUGAUGGAACUCGAGAACGACAAAAGGGUAUUGCAACAAGAGAUCAACUGCCACUGCAUCGAUGCUGGGAAGCUGCGCAAGUUCAUCUCGGAUCUGGAAAAGGACCGGGACCGCUUCGUUAAUGAAAACAACAAUCUUUUGCAAAAGGUGCAACAAAAAAUGAAUGAAAUUGAAACAAAUGAGAUGGCAAUCCAUAACUGGAAGAAGAGAGUCACAGAGGAAGAGUGCAAGCUCAAAAGGAAAGAGGAACUACUGGAUUCUGUAAUAACAGAACGAAACAAUUACAGCAAAAAUCUUGUUGAUGCUCAGGACAGCAUCGCAAAGUUGAAGAUAAAGAUGCGUGCAAUGAAUAACCAGAAUAUACAGUUGAAGGAUGAGAUAGAAGCAAAGGAAUUGACAAUUCACAAAGAACAGCAGCAACACAAGCGCUUAGUGCGAGAUAACGACAAUCUCAAGGGAGAGUUGAAGUUGACCACCCAGCAACUUGAGGAAGAAAUACGACGCGUUGAGCUUCAAAAAGCAGAACAAGAAAGACUUCAGAAAGUUAUUGCUGACCACGAAAUUGAGCAUAUGAGUCAGAGAAAACAAUUGGAUCAAGUGACCCGGGAACGAGACAACUUGGGAAAGCAGUUGCUACGACGCAAUGAAGAACGAACUCUUCUGUAUGAAAAAAUCAAGAUCCAGCAAGCAAUCAUAAGCAAGAGGGACUUUCACCACAACAAGCGAAUGGAAGACAUCCGCCUGCUCAAGUUGGAAAUCAAGAGGCUCAUACGUGAAAAGCAUAUCUUGGACAAGACGGUACCAAACACUGAUGAUCUAAAACGGGAGUUGUUUGCAGUGCAAAGGGAAUUGGCUCAAGAAAGGACAAGGAAUGGUGUCCUCCAGGAACAGCUAAACCCUGUAAAUAUUCACCGGUGGAGGCGACUGGAAGGCAGUGACCCUUGCAAGUAUGAAUUGCUCCAGAAGGUGCACACGUUACAGAGAAGACUCAUCAACAAGACUGAAGACUUUGAAGAACAGGAAUUCUUAUUACAGGAAAAGGAAAAGCUGUACGUUGAGCUGCAGCAAAUUUUAGCCCGGCAGCCAGGUCCUGAGGCCCUUGAGCAGCUUCAGCAUUGCCAAUGGACUUUAAGAGAAAGGACCAAAAAACUAAUGGCACUGACUGCAGAGGUGAGAGUGCUUGACUCAAAAAUGAAUGAGUACAAAACGGAGAAUCAAAGGUUGGUCAAUGAGAUGGCAGAUCUCAAGAAGAAGUACUUCAGUCAGAAAAAGCUACAAAGUGACAAGUCCAAAACCAAAGGAGAACAGUUGGUGCUGCCUCAUCUCAUCAACAAGCCACAUUUUUCUGGUGGAGGAUUCAAGUUUGAUGAACUUUUCAGAUGA